UGCAAUCUGCCUGCAGUCAGGCGCACACGCAAUGGGACAGAGCAGAACCAGAAUGCUGAGGACCCUUCUCCUUGCCAUUCUUCUGGACCUCUCACUGAGCUACAACCAGGGUAAGGAAAUCAGCCUGCUCAGCAGUGAACAGGCAGCAAUCCUAAGAACAUGUGCUAAGGGGAUGAAUGUUGAACUCUGGGGUUUCUGAGAAAAUGUGUAGGCUUGUGCUGCAAUUGACUAGUAGAGCAGAUAGCAAUACUCAUUCUGUUGGCCUCCCACAUUGGAAGUUCAGUGUGGCAGAUCAAGCAUCCAGGGAAAAUAGGAAGCUUUAUUAUACUGAGACCAUUGAUCCAUCUAUCUCUUAUUGUCUACAUUCACUGGCAGUGGCUCUCCAGGGUCUCUCCCAGCCCUAUCUGGAGAUGCCAGCAAAUGAACCCAGGACCUUCUGCAUGCUAAGGGAGGCUCUACAACUGAGCUACAGCCCUGAAUCCCAGCAGCAGCCCCAUUGAAAGAGACUGGCAUGGCAUGGCUGAGAUGGAGAGGAUGUGGCAGCUGUAUAGAGAGGCAGGCAUGUCACUCCAUGUUUCAGAGACUCCCAGCUUUGCAGCAGGAAGGAUCUCAGGUGAUAACUGAGGAAAGAUGGUGGAGGUAGGGCAGCGCCGUGCCAGAACACUCUCUCUCCAGACCAGUUAUCGUUUAGCUUUUGUAUUUGAGUAUGCACACUUGAAUAACCAAACGCAUGGGAGUUACAUCACAUGAUAGUGUGUCUUUUUCCAUGCUUCUUGCUGGAAGAUUGAUGGGAUGGGGGGGAGGGGGGAGGCUCCCCAAUGGGCGCCUCUUUGUUGGAGUUCUUUAUCUUAACAGGAAGGCUCUUCUUUACUCUUAAUAGAGUUAGCAGGAACAUGGCACUUACCAACAGAUUAAAAUGUACUCCUCAAGUACCUUUUUGAGGAGGGGCAUAUGUAUGCAGUUUAACCACCUCAGAAACAGGGUGUGCUCUCGAUAUGAGUUGUAUCCAACUAAGCAAUACAUCAAGUAAUGCAUUGAAAAGAAUUGUCUUAUGUUGCUCACGUCCAUCAAUUUCAGUGGUUUGCAUUGGAUACAGCCUUCUGCCUGCAAUGGCAGCUUCCUGAGGAGCAGUUGUAUUAGUCUAUUGCAGCAGCCAAAGCAACAGAGUCUUGUGGCAUCUUAAAAAAUGACACAGUGGACUCUAGUCCAUGAAAGCUUCUGCUAAAUUGUUGGCCUUCAAGCUGCCACAGGGCAGCCUGUUGUUUCUCUCUCCAAUAGAGGAGACCUGGUCAGAAGCCCUGUCUCACCUUUUCCUAACCUGAUACCAUUCAGAUCUUGCUGGACUACAGUUCCCAUCAUGCCUCACCGUUGGCUAUACUUGUUGUUAGGCUGAUGGGAGUAGGAGUCUGACAAUAUUGGAGGGCACCAGAUUGGAGAAGGCUGCCUCUGUUCCAACCCACCCCAUAGCUUGACGCUUUCCGUUGUGGGGUAGCUCUGUGAGUCUUCUCAUCCUUCAGCAACCAUUGCAAGACCUUAAUCAGAUGGAGGGGGGAUUUAUACCCCUACCCAUCCCACAGACCAAAUUUCAUGGGUGGGUAGGGGACAUACCUGCCAAUCAGCUGAUGUUACAAUUAUGUCAGGUGACAUGGUGCUUUUAACCCCCUGUAAUCAGCUGGUUGUUGGGUGUUCAAAGCUUCAUGCAGGCCUCUGAAAGGAGCUUGCAAAGAGCCAUGCCCUAUGCUUUGAGGUCCCAGCAAACAGCUGAUUGUUGGUGCUUCAGAAGACAAGUGUGCAGCUCUUCUGAAGCUGGUUGGCAGGACUUCGGAAACAUUGAACAAUCAUCUUAAGGAGCCUCUUUUGUUCCAGCCUAGCUUCCCUUUUACCUGCUCAAACCUAGUAUCACCUAGUAUCAAAGGCUAGUAUCAUCAGAUGACUGGCAGGUAGGCAUACUUGACCAACAUGGCCUAAUUAUCUAGCCUCAUAGGCCAGACAUUCCCCACCCCUGACUGAGACUGAAAGUUCUAAUGUCUGAAUGUGAAGAAGGGAAAUGAGAGGACUACAAAGGUUCAGAUUCUGAGGUGGGCAAACAGAGACCAGCACAUGUGCCAGCAAAGAGGCACACAGAACGAGGGCUGAGUAAAUAUGUUUUUCUGUGCAAACAGGAAUAGGGUAAGUGUCCAGAGAGCAGAAAGAGACCUGCCAUUUGGAAGUGGUCAGUUCUGGGCACAACCCUGAUACUAAACUGAACAAGAGUCUUGGUUCUACCACCAUAAGGCCAGAAUACACUAGAAAUAUUAUUUUCUAUUUGGUGCUUUGUGAAUACUUUUUUUCUUAUUCCAGCAGUCUUUUUUUAUCGAAUUCUGAUUUUAUAAACUCAUGUUUAUUCCUAUUGUAUUGGGUCUCCUGCACGCUGCUUAGAAAUGACUGCAGUCAAGAGGCAUGCAAAUGGUUGAAAUAAAUAAAUGCCAUAUUGGUGAAGAUUAGGUGAGAAAUUCACACUGGGUUGUAUCCAGCGCUGCACACAUGGAGUUCCACUGACAGUAGUGUUGGAUCAGCCCCAUUGAGAUCUAGAAGUGAAAACUGGGCAUUUGGCAGAACUUCCUGUUUUGUCUGUUGUAACACAAGACUGUCAACGGUUGGGCAAUGCAUUACAUCUGUAAUCAGGCAGCUGGAGCCUACAAAGGGAGAGCAUUGUAGGAAUGUAGAGCUGAUAUCCUGAAAUAUGCAACAUUAUACUGAAAACAUGACAAUGGCUUGCCCUUCUCCACCAUGUGUGGUGUACCUCCGUGGGCUGAAUCAUCUGGAAAUUUUCUUUGUAGCAGCUUUCUGCAGGUGCCCAGUUCUGGUUCUGGACCACUGAUGUCCAGACUGUGUCAUCUGAUCUGUCUGUGUUUGUGUUGUGGUGGUUAAUCAUGUCUUGGAGGAGAGGGCUGGCUGUAGGGUCCUUCCCACUCAAUGGUCCUUCAGAAUUACAAUUGCCCCAGUGAAUAAGCCUCCACACUAAGGACUGACUGAUGGGUGUUCUGCUCUUGCUAGUCUUUCUCGAUCAGAAGCAAGCACUCUCUUUGCUGAAGCGCUCAAGGCGAGCCAACAAAGGAUACCUAGAAGAGGUGCGCAAAGGCAAUCUAGAACGGGAGUGCCUGGAGGAAGUGUGCAGCUAUGAAGAAGCCCGUGAAGCCAUUGAGUCUAAUGCCCAAACAGUAGGUAUCAUUCCACUUUCCUUCCUGCAGAACAAGGCCUCUUAAGUCACAUAUUCAAGGGCCCAGCAACCACUGUGAGGAUUGCACAGUGGAUUUCUUCUUUAAUUCCCCAGUCUCCUUCCAGAUGUUGUAAUUUUAUUUUAUUUUAUAAAAAAUGUAUUAAUUUAAUAAUAACAAAAAGUGCAAACAUAGCAAAAAGAAACAAAUAAUAAGGAUUUAAACCAUAAUGCAUCACAGCUUGGAAGGACAAAGUACAAAGACCCAGUGGAGCUCUAAAGGGAUAAUAAAUUGUUUAAAUAAAGAUACCCUUUACAAAUAAUAAAGAUUUAUAAAAAUAAAUCUAGGAGGCUUAGUUUGGUCAGAAUCGAGUAUACACUUCCAGAGUUAACACUAAAUACGUUACUUCUGGUAAAUUAGCCACCAUAGCUGCUAGAGAACUGUGAAAAAAUUGUGUCCUGGGCUUUUUAGACUCAUCUACCCAUGUACUAUCUGAAAUCAAAGGGGCGCAUUGGUAGCCAGAUGUGACAUUUUUUCCAGCUCUUCUACACCACUACAUUUCUCAGAUGUAUGUCACAAUUAAAUUCCCAUCAUGAUUUUUGACUCUGGGCCCCAAAUGAGGCAUUAAUAAUAAAUUUGUAUAAUAUAGAAACCAGUCCCUUUACAUAAUGUGUCGUAUCUUUGACCAGUCAUUCAAAAGGAGUCCGUUGUCUGGUAGCAUCUCUUCUCUUAGAAGAACAGAUGAGAAAUGACCUCCACUGGAAGCCCAAUAACCAGGGAAAGCGUUUAUCCCCAUACAUGUUUUUAUAUAUGCUAUAGACAACAGGAACGGUUUCUGUAAAUAAUAAUCCAUUAAGCAAUAUAGUUGACAGGACAUUAUCAUAAGACUUCCCCUUGUUCCUAAAGACUGGGUGAUACUAUAGGACAGGCUUCCUCAACCUUGGCACUCCAGAUGUUUUGAGACUACAAUUCCCAUCUUCCCUGACCACUGGUCUUGCUAGCUAGGGAUCAUGGGAGUUGUAGGCCAAAAACAUCUGGAGGGCCGAGGUUGAGGAAGCCUGCUGUAGGAUGUAAGUGGGGAAAGGCCCGGUGCAGAUGCCACCACCCUAUUCAGCCAAACCUUAAAGGUUGUUAUAUUAAAAUACACUGGCUAGCCAUGUCAAAGAUCUAAAUUUGUACUUCUAAAAUGGGUGGAUGUUGUUGGACUACUAAGCCCAUCAUCGCUUGUCCACUGGCCACACUAGCUGAGGCUGAUGGGAACUGGAGUCUAACAACAUAUGGAAGGCUGGCUGAGGGCUUGUUUAAUUCAUGCAGUAGUUACCCGUGAGCUAUAUGCAUCUCAUAAUUGCAAUAGAUUUAAUUUGAUGGCAGAAGCAAAAUCAGAUGUGUCCUCUCUCUUGCUGAGUCAUGACAAUCAUAUCUCAUGCUGCCUCCAAAGAACUCAGAGUGGUGUCUCAUCCUGACAGCUUACAGGGUAAGACCUUUAUAGCAUCAGCAGUACUGUAGAACUGCAUCAGUUGACUUACUCAUUCUUGGGUAUUUCUUUCUAAGUGAGCACUUUUGUUUUGCAGGAUAUAUUCUGGGCACAAUACUCAGGUAUGCAUGUCUAAAGCUUCUGUCAAAUACCCUUGCUAUUUGUAUAUUAUUUACCACUGAACCUUAUUCCAAGAUCUGAAUUAUGUCUCUACGUCAAUGGCCAGUAUUAGCCUUGCAUAUCCCCGAGCAGCAGUCCCUGCAAAUACUUAUUUGGAGUUAAAUCCUUUGAAAUCAGCAGAACAUCUCCAAAUAAACAUGCAUAGGAUGAUAAAGGUGUAAGCAUAAUAGUAGCAUAUCUUAAUUCUUCCUUCUUCUGUUACCAUAUUUGACCUUGGAGCUCUUGCUGUGGAAGUCCAAUUGCACAAACUAAUCCAGUCAUACCAUUUAAAUUGACCCAACUAUUAAGGGCUACUUUGGCCAUAACACACACACACACACACACACACACACACACACACACUUUCCUCACAGUUGUGUCAACUAAUUUCCUCCAGCCGUGUCCUCCAGUUUCCUCUCUCUUCCUGUCCCUUCAGUAACUACUAUCACCACACCAAGCUUCAAAGUUUUUCAUGUUGCUGCUCUUCAUCCAUUCAUGUUUAGUUCUUAGUCAGCUGGACUUGGUCAACUUGCAUCUCCUGCUGCUACCAAUGUCCUCCCACCCAUUGGCUAGAUCCUUCUUUCUGUAUAGGAUUGAUCCUUUCACUAGCGCUUCUCUCCCUUGCUAUUUGCCUAUCCCUAAGCAACACAUCAUAUUCAUUAAGAUGGCACUGACGGCAGCUGCCAAAGGUUUCUUACUGGCAAGGCUGGACCGUUCAUCUGUUUUAAAAAUGGAGAAACAGAAACUUCUCCCUAAUUCAUCCUUGCCCAAUGUUUGGGUGAAAUCCAGUGUCACGUGACAUCUGUGCAAUAGGAAUUUUUGCUUCUCUUUCCCCCUGAAGCCCCCAUAAAUCUGCUGUGGGUGGUCUCCUAAUCCUCCACAGCAGAUUUGUGGGAUUGGGAGUGGAGAAGAGAGGAAGGAGAUCUCCUGCUGCACAAAUGGGAAGUCAGUUACACUGGCAGACAGGCAUAGUUGGAUUUCACCCCUUGGGGGCUUUUGGAGUCAGAAAAUGAGAGUUGCUUUCCUAUCUCCCAAUGGCUGUGUGCUGCUCUCAGUAUCAGAGAGGCAGCAUGCCUCUGAGUACCAGUUGCUGGAAAUCACAAGUGCAGAGAGGGCUGUUGCAUUCAGUCCCCCUUGCAAGCUUCCCCUGGUCCAUCCUGUUGAGGACCAAAUGCUGGACUAGGUGGGUCUUGGCGGGUCUGAUGCAGCAGAGCUGUUCUUACGAGCUGAAGAUCCCUUUAAGCUGAAUUGUAUUAUUCUCUCCCCAGUAUGUAAGUCUCAGAAGCAGCCCAGAGCAGCUCUUGAUGAGUGCCUGAAAGGUAAGCAGCUUAACAGUGAAUCUGUGAUGCCCUGGCGGUGGUGAGUGCAAGGAAUCUGCUUUCUCUGAAGAGACUGGAGGCAAAUUCUAAAUAAGGCAAGAUCACUGAGAAGCAUUCCUCUCAGGAGAGUCCCUCUCUCUUUCCUAAACUCGCAGAGGGACACUGCUGCAAACAACAUUUUAGCAGACGUGUGUGAUUUAUAUACCAUUUAUUAUAUGCAUUGCAGCUACUUGCACCCCCCGCUUUCAGGAUACAAAUCCUUGCAAGGUGUCUUAAAGCAACAUUGAACUACACUCAUAAUUUCACAAUAAACAAUAUGAAGAUAGAACAAGUCAUCAGGAUUCUUGCCCACAGGGCAGUUGGUGGCAGAGCAGGGCAUGGGGGAGACCUGCUGCCUAAUGUAGACACUAACAAUACUGUAACUUGUGAGAGAGACAGGAUGGGUUUUGAAAUUCUCAAAUGUAAUUUAAAAGAUAUGGAGUCAGAGCCUGGUUCCUUGCUGCACGUGCGUAUCUCUAAAAACAAAAACACAUUUGUCUCCUGCAAUGUGUGAUGUGCCCAAAUAUCACUUUGGGUUAUCUGUUAAGAAAACCAAUUAGCAAAUAUAAUAAAUGCGUAACAUUAUUAUAGUCUGUAACAAACCCAUUGCAGGAAUAUCUAACAAAUUUCACCAGUACAAGGAUUCCUGUUCAUUCAACAUAGCUUUCCCUUCCUCUCCAUUUUCCACCCCACUCCUGAACCCGUUCUGGGGUUUCCCCCAUCCUUCCAGAGCAAUUUGGGGAGGGAGGGGGAUUUGAGGAGGAUGGGGAAAGGAGAAGAGGGGAUGCUCCACUGUGCACAUGGAAAUCCUUGCGCUGGCCUAAGAAGUUAGUUGGGGUCCUUCUAAGCCUGUGGGGCAUCUUAGCUGUUCCAGAGUAUAGCAUGGAUCCAGCCCUCCUCCCCAUAUGAAAUAGAGAAAUGUAAACAAAAUAAAAAUUGCCCAGCACUUUCUCCAUUUUCUUUUCAGCACCAAGGGCAGCAUAGGAGUAAAUGUUGUAUAUUGAACAUAGUUCAAUGGUUUUCCAUGUUCAUAUAAUCUUCAGAAGGAGUUGCACCCUGAAAGGUGACCUAAAAAUAUAUAAACAGAUAUAAAUACAAUAAUAUAAAUAAAGGGCUGUGUUUGGAUUGGGUGCCAAAUGUGUCUUGAUCAAUGAACGAUUGCCUAUGUGAAUGGUCUAUCCCAAACUCUCACCACUGAUAGAACAUGUAUUUUCAAGCACAUCGUUUUCUCUGUGUGUUCUUUCUACUGACCCUUAAAACACAAUGCUUUUCAAUGGAGUCAGUUCCCAGAUUCAGCUGCCCCUUCUGAAGUGUAGAGCAAUCAAGUGUAGCUAAACCAGGGGACAUAGAAGCACCUCUGAACUAGCGCUUGUUAUGUGUAUCAGCCUACAUCCAAGCCACUGAGAUGGCUUGACUCUCUGAAUAUGCUGCUAGCUGUUCCAUUUCACUGCAUCCUGUAUUUUUUCAUUCCAACAGGUGACUGUGUCAAAGAUGCGGGGCAGAAUUAUAGGGGAUCCAUUUCGUUCACCAAGUCAGGAAUUGAAUGCCAAUACUGGUCAAGCAAAUUUCCUCACAAGCCUAAGUAAGUUUGCUUGCUUGCUUGUUUGAAAAAAAAAACAUUUCUGUGCCACCCUUUGCUUGCAGGGCUACUCUCUGAACUGGAGGCAACUCAAGCCUGACUUCCACUUGCCUUCACGCAACAUUGGAUGGAGAGACUGAGCAAGAAUAAAAAUCCAGUCGCCUGCCCAUUGAAUCUUGUGCAUCUUGGGUUUUAAUUGGAAGCACAAAGCGCAAGGGAAUAUUGUACAGGGGAAUAUUGGUGUGCUCUAGGGAAAAAGGGGAUCUGCAGGCGUGAGUAGCAUGACAAUAAAUGUGAAACCUCCCCCCCCCCCCAAAAAAAGCCCUUUGAAAUAUGUAGGAUUUCUAUGGCAGUUCCUGGGAAGAUAAAUUAUUGAGGAAAGGAGACGAAACCUUUGAGAAUCACUGAGUUAACCACGUAAACAAAACUUUCAAGGACUAGCAUCCACGUCAUCAAACGCAUGAAGUGUUAUCCUCAGUUAUCCUUGGAAGGGAGAAUUGUAAGCAAUGUGGUUGGAGGGGAAUGAAAACAAUGCGGACGACAGGGACAAUUGAGUAAAAGCUUGAAUGUCUUCAGAUAAGCAGAGCGGCCCUUCCCAAUAGCCGCGAGCUGCAAGAUAGCCAAUGGAGGACAUGCCCAGCCAAUUGCAUCAGGGGAAGGGGGGUGGUGGAAUCUGAAAUCUGUGCACACGAAUAUGUGCAUUUUGGUGUACAUGAACAUGCGGUGUGCACAUGCUGGGCGGGAAGCCAUAGCCAGUCAUAGCUGUUCUUGAUGUACGUGCACAGUGAAAUGCAGACACGUGAUUGCUGUACGUGACGAUCUGUGUCUGGCCUUCACCUCUUUUUCUUCUUCCGAGGGAGUGCUUUUCAUGUAGAACAUGCCAUAAACUGCAGUGCAGUCCUUUUGGGUGCAAGAUCCAGAGUUCCCUUACUGCAAGCCCAACUAUAAGAGGAGAGAUUUUCUGUUUCCUGUAUCGCUCUAAUGUAUCGUGCUUUCUUUUAGCUUCAACACGACAAGCCAUCCAGAUGCCAACCUCACUGAAAACUACUGUAGGAAUCCAAACAACAACACAAGGGGUCCCUGGUGCUACACCCGAAACCCAGUCGUGCGCGCAGAAGAGUGUGCUGUACCUGUGUGUGGUGAGUCUAGUGCUGAUGCUCCAGGUAUAAUAAUAAUAAUAUAUUAUUUAUACUCCGCCCAUCUGGCUGGGUUUCCCCAGUGUCAGGCUUUAGGGGCUCAGUUUCCACGCUCCUCUCCCCUUUGGCAGUAGAUAAGCGGAACAAAGCGAAAGGAGUCUCUUACCAGUUAUAAUUUUUAAUGAUCACAGUGAGAGAUCAAAAGAAUCCAUUUCCAGGAAUGAAGGUGCUCCCAAUUAAGGGUUCUACCCACUUCCCCCCAGUCACCCACGUCACUUCCGCAUCUUGCAACCUGAUCUCGCAACCACUGUGCUUUCUGAGCAGCCACCUUAUCUGCUCUCCUUGACCUGGGGCUGAGUGGAUGGACGCUUUCCAGUGAAAGGGAGUCUGUUAACUCUCACUCUUCCAGUGUUUCUUCUAGCUGUUUCUCAUCCAGUAUUUCCCAGUUUUUGUCUUCUGAGCUAUGUCCCUCUGCAAACCACUGUUCCAAAUCUAUACUCCUGCUCCUCAGGAGCAGGGGGAGGGGGAGGCUCCCACCAUUUCUCCUCAGUGCAGCCCUCCUCAGCACAGUCCCUGACACCCAGCCACUCUGGGCGGCUCCCAACACGAGAAAACAUCAAACAUUAAAAACUUCCCUAAACAGGGCUGCCUAAAGAUGUCUGAAGUAGAGUUUGAUUAGAUCCCUCCUUUCAAUUCCAGGCAUAUAUGCACAGCUUCCCUUCUAAAACCAAUAUAGAUACGGUGAAGGAGAACUUCUUAAACAAAACGAUGGUCAUGAUUCCCUUGCUCCUCUUUUUUCAGGUGAGAACCGGACCUCAGUUCCAAUUUCCCCAAGGACCCCAGGGCAAGAGCAGAAGAAGCAAGGGCCUUGUGUGCCGAACAAGGGGCUGCAGUAUACGGGGACCCUCUCCGUCACUCUUUCCGGGGCCCAGUGCUUACCAUGGGCCUCUGAACAAGCGAGAGCGAUGAGCCACGGGAAACCCUUCCAUGGCAACCCUAACCUGGUGCAGAAUUAUUGCCGCAACCCGGAUGAGGACGACGAAGGCGUCUGGUGCUACAUCAACCAUCCUAACGUGACCUUUGACUAUUGUGACUUGAACUACUGCGGUAAGGAGCAUGCAAGAGACGCGCCUUUGCUUUUUGUGGUAAAGAGGAGUUUCUUAAGAUGAGACGGGAGGAUGGUUUAUGUGGGAGAGCCAGAUGCAUGCUGGGAGUCAUGUAUGCAUGUUGGUAUUGGUGUGCAUGUGUUGAAAGCUUCACAUGGAUUUGAUGGGCUUCCACUAACUUAAUUGCUUUCUCUGGUGGCCUGCAGGUAGGAAGUAGAUAGGGUGGCCACGAAGAACAGAAGGCAGGGCUCUUGUGCCUUUUAAUAGUUAUGUAGAGCUGCAAUGGGCAGAUUGCAGGCUUGCAGGAUCUACCAGUGCAUGAGUGUGUUUGUUUGUUGGUUGGUUGGUAGGUUGGUUGGUUGGUUUGAACCCUGAGGUCCACCAGCCAGAGCCAAGUGCAAAAUAAUGUCCCAGCCAGGCAGACAUAUGCUAAGAACGCAUGCUGAGCCCAGGAAGUUGUGAUCAGUAAACAGAACCACAAACCUGCUCUGGGUUUUCGCCCAAUCACUCUUUUUCAUCCUUUUAGAACAUGGCAUGGGAAGCUUAAGUUAUUGCUUAUGGGAGUGAGAUUGCGAAUCACCCCAAGACCUCCCCACAGAUCCCAAUCUUUCUUCUGCCUACCCCUGUUGUAGAAAAAGAGAUGGCCAUAAAGGCAACACCUGCUGAACACCCCCCCCACACAUAACUUUUGAAAGUGCAGAAGUAUCCUGAAGAUUGCCCCCUGCCCCUGCUUGUAUCUGGCCAUUGUAGAAAGUAGAUUUAGCAGGAAUGAGGAGACUGACUCUUCUGUGAAUUAAGUUCUUCUCCGCCCUGGUCUUCUCUUUCAGAAAGUUUUGUGGAUGAUUUCGAUUAUGAGGAUGAGCAAAGAGCAGGCCGGACUACUGUCCAAGAACACAAAACCUUCUUUGAUCCUAAGACGUUUGGUCAAGGCGAAGCAGGUGAGAGGGCCAAGAUAAAGUCAAAAGGAAGAAAAAUAACAAUUAAUUAAGCCACACCUUCUUCGUACAACACAUUGCUGAAUAAUAGGACCCUUUUUUAAUACUGUAUUGGAACAGGGGCUGGAAUGGUUUCUCUUCUUGCUGAUUGUGGUUACUGGCUCCACCUUGUGGUCAAAGGCAGAAAAGCAAGCAGGCUCUUCUAGAAUCCAGUCUGCUUUCCUGCCUUCAUUGAAGCAGCCGUUAGCGGUUAGCUCUCCAAACUCUCCUCAGGCUAAUUUUUUCCUACUUGGUGUGAAUGUUCUUGUUUAUCUCAUUUUUGGAAAAUUAUGGCAUGGGUUGGACCUGAUGAAAUCCCAUUUCUCCUGUGGCCCUGACUUGCCUCGGUGAGGGAGAUGUCGUCUGAUGAAAGAACCUGAUGUCAAUUCAGGGCCAGCUGCUUCUCAAGCACACACUGCCUGAGAAUGGCUCAACCCGGUUCUGCUGAAGCAAGAAGCAGACUAUCAUUUUAGAAGAGGCCCUUCCUCCUGAGUGAAUGGGGGGAGGGAAAUGUCUCUUUUCAGACAGUGGCUGCUAACCACAGUGUGUAGGAGGGGGUAUUAGGAAUAUAUCCCCCCUCAUAUAAUCAGUGGCACCUUUUUAAUUGAUCAGAAACUUUCCAAGCACUCACAGCCUUCCUUGUACACCUUUAGAUGCCAGGCGAAAACAUUCCUUUUCAACCAGGCCUAUGGCUGAUUAACAUCCUAUAUCCUUUUAAGUGUUUUUGUGGGAGGGGACUUAUUGGUUUGUUUGUUUUAUUAUGUAUUUUGUGUUCUCAUUUUGUAUUUUUAUAUUGUGAACGAAGGACGGUAUACUAACUAACUAACUAACUAAUAGCAGCCAACAUUCACUAGCUCAAAAAAACCCCAAAAAACACCUCUGCCAGACGGCUACCCAAGGACACAAUGGUGUCACAUGCUCUGACCUGUACUUGGUUGGCCUUGGUGCAAGAUGCCACUUGUACUGUUGCGGUCACAUGACCUGUUUCGUUGUCCAAAGCUCACUGGAGAACCAAGUGUGUUUCAGGCUCCGCAGUGCCAGAGUGGGCACUUAGGGGUGAUACUGUUGAUGACCCUGUCCAUUCCCCAGCGAGAUCAGAGCUAUAACAGAAGCAUCUAACCAGAAGAUCCCCCAGAACGUUCAGGAGGUGGGCUACAAGGGGAUGCUCUCCCCAUCCAUUCAGACAUGGUCCUAUCCAGCCAGAGUUUAGCAUCCCUUAACUUAAGGGUGGAAUAGCAUAAGUCCGAUAAUCUAGCUGGCACUCAUGUAAACCUUUUGAAAGGAAUAAAAACAGCAUUUUAUAUAGACUGUCCAGGACUGAACCUAUGCUCCAAAUCAACUCCCAUUAUUCACCUUUCCAACAAGAUGAGAUAAAAUUCCAGCUCCGGGUCGAUGUCUUAGUCACCACCAAUUAUUAUUUUCUUGUAGCAGAAAUGCUAGCUUAUGAAAGAUAUGUUCAUAUUUGAGAACUGGGUACAGUAGUUACAGAAGGAUGGAUCUGUAUUUCCAGACUGUGGUUCCCGUCCUCUGUUUGAGAAGCUGCACGUAUCUGAUAAGACUGAGCAGGAGCUGCUGGACUCCUAUCUGGCAGGCCGAAUUGUGAAGGGAUCCGAUGCUGAAAAAGGCAGUUCCCCGUGGUAAGCAUUAUAACUGAGGUUUGCUUAUGUUCCUUUCCCAUGCCUGUCUACUCUUUUGCAUGGACGGGUGACCUUUCAGAACUCCGUAAAUGGCACUAGCAAAUCCAGGAAGAGACUUUUGCAAUUUGUGUUUCUGCCUCAUUCUUCCUUUGAAGCACAACAAUGGCCUGUCAGUAGAAAGAUGCUAGUCUGUUUUGUUCUCUGCAGCCUGUGCUCUGGUCAUGUGCUAUUUCGGCUAAGACCCUGAGCCUUGCCUCUCUUUCCCUGCCUAUUUUGUUCUAGGCAAGUGAUGCUGUUCAGGAAGAGCCCCCAGGAGCUGCUAUGUGGAGCCAGUCUCAUCAGUAAUCGCUGGAUCCUAACUGCUGCCCACUGCAUCUUCUACCCACCUUGGGAUAAGAAUUUCACUAAAGACGACAUCAUUGUACGGAUUGGCAAACACGACCGGAAGGUGUAAGAGAUUGGAAAGGAAAUUAUAAAUCUUUCAAAUUGCAUACUGACCAUAGGCCAUAAGAGCUCUGUAUAAAUGCCUCUUUUCUAUAUGGGAAAAGGGAAACCAUUUGGGGACGCAGACAAAAAUCCUAGAAUUGUAGAGUUGGAAGGGACCUUGAGGGUCAUCUAGUUCAACCCCCUGCAAUGCAGGAAUCUCAGCAUCUGUGACAGAUGGCCAUCCAACCUCUGCUUAAAAACCUCCAGGGAAAGACAGUCCACCACCUCUUGUGGGAGUCUGUUCCACUGCCAAACAGCUCUUGCCAUCAGAAAGUUCUUCCUGUCAUUUAGUCAGAAUUGAUUCUGGGCAUGCAGAACACUAACCAUGCUUCUUGGUGUCAAGGGAAAUCUUCCAGGAUCCAAGGUGUCAUGCAUCCACACACUAAAUUCAAAGUAUGCACAUUUUAAAUAUCAUUCUUAGGCUUGCCCCACUAUGCCAAAUGGUCAGAAGUCCCAGGGGCUUAGCAUUUACCCAGCUUUGGUUUCCUUUGUAUGGAGGUCUCUGGAAGGUUAUGGCAUUUUUAAAGUUUAUUGACAAAUAUACAGGUUGAGCAUAGAUUUAGGGUAAACACACUAACAGAAAGCCAGUUUGAUUGCCUGACCUCCAGAGAGAGGCAACUCUAAUGAAGGCAAUUUCUCUGAACUUGAAUAGCCCAUAAAGUCAGCUCUUUCUGACUGAAAACUGUAGUCUCCUUCGUUCCCUUGCCCAGAAAACACAGACCUAGAUUACAUCAUUCUUACUUAGGGGAGGGGGUUAUGCUUAUGCCCCCACUUCUAUGAUCUUUCAUGCCUAUCCAGUACAUCCCAGAGUGUUCCUGUAUCAAAAAGUAAUUCCCUAGCAAUUAGUUCCCAUGGAGACACAUUACCUGAACAUACAACCUGUAUUUUUUUCCCCUUGCCACAAUUAAGGAGCCUCCAGAAGUCCUAUUUCACCAUCUACUUGGCUUGGGCUUAUUGUAAACUGUAGUCAAGUUGAAGGCAUCUUGAUGAUAGUAUUUAAAUAUGUCAAUUGCUUCUCUCUCUUUUUUUGGGAAAUGUUUCAGCUAUGAGAGGACCAUGGAGAAAAUUAUGUUGAUAGAGAAAGUCAUCAUUCACCCCAAGUACAAUUGGAAGGAGAAUCUAGACCGGGACAUUGCACUGUUACUACUGAAGAAGCCCGUUGAGUUCAGCAACUAUAUACAUCCAGUCUGUUUACCCACUAAAGAGAUUGUUCAAAGGUAAGGAAACAGAACGUGAUGGUUGUAAUGGGAGCAGCCCCAUUCAAAAUGAUAGGGAACCUGUCAAGUCAAGUCAGUGGUUUGUAAACCUUUGGUGAGGGGGACAGUUGGCCCAUCCAGACAUUGUGUCAUCACCUAAGUAGAUUGUGAGUGUCCUCAAACAUGCAUCUUCCCAGUCUUACCACUGAUAAAAUCUGGAAUGGCAGCAACAUUGGGAAAAGGCAACCUUGGGAUUGACUAAUGAAUCCCUUUCUGCCUUCCACUGAAGGUGGGUAGUCUUCACUAGCAGGAUGCAAGUUGCCACCAGGCCUGGUCCUGCUAUUAGGCAGACUGAGGCAGUGGAAGGUGGGUGGUAGGGAGCAGCAGCAAGAUGUUUGUGUGCCACACAAGCUGCCCUGCAUCUUCUGAGCUAGCCUGCUGUCCUCAGACAUGGUAGAGGACCCUGUCCUGUUGCCAUUGCUGAAGUAAGAUCCAAAGACUAGUCCACUCAGGUUUUGUACUUGGGACACCAUUUGGUUAUUUGCCUCAGGCAGCAAAAUUUCUUGGACAUGCCCUGGUUGCCAUGAACUGAAUAAGGCAGACAAAUAAAGCUGGAGCUCUUAUAUAUAGGACACAACCAUUCAUAUUUUCCCAGUAGUAGCAGUAGCUUCAAUAGGAAAGGGUAGGGUGCAGCUAACCUACAUAAUAUUGAGAGCUUAAAUAAGUCCCACUCAUCCCACUUUGGCUUACUUCCAAUUUAAGUUAAGGUUACAACUCAAUUGCUUCAUCUACUUUGGCCUCUGGUCCCACCAGUCAUUGGUAUGUGGCCCCCAGAAGGCGGUUUAUGAGGGUAUGUGGCCCUCAAGCUGAAAAGCUUUCCCCACCCCUGCUUUAAGGGUUCUGUUUCCUGAAGGGAGUUGCCUGCAACAGAAGGUGAGUUGCCUAAAGAGAAUGGGUAGAACACUUGAUAUCCUAGGAGGAGGAUUUUAGGAAGCUGGCUGGACACACACUUCCCAGCUAUUUGUGCUGAAUUAAAAAGUAGAGAUGAGCAAAGAAUACAAAAUGAAUAGGGAGCCUAAGUUUAGACGGAUCUUAACCGUGAGUGCCUAGUCCAAAGUACUGAUUGCAAAAGGAGCCCCGUGUGCAGACCUGGGGUGGAAGAUCUGAACCUUAAGACAAAUGAUGGAUUUACUGGUAGGGAUGGUGUUUGUUCUUCUUGCCUAAUAGAAUGCACAUGUGGCAGCUGUGUGCAAAAGAGGCCGAAUGCAGAGUAAAGUAUGCGUGGUUUGUACAUCCACAGCCAUUGCACCUUGUAGGCCAGGGGUCAUGCACACGUGAGACAGACAGUGUGUGUUUAAGGAAUGUUUCUAUUCCCACGGUUGCAGAAAAACAAUGAGAGCACAGCCAGUCUGGAAAACUCGGGAUUUUGCAAAGAGCAAAAUGGAAACGUGCUGUUUGAUGUAACUUGCCAUUGUAUUUCUGGAGUCUAGCCUUGCUUCCUUCCCUAUGUGCUCUAGAUACCUACAGAGGACUUCACCAUGGGUGCCUUCCUUCCUGUAGCACCCUGGUCUCUGCUGAAGAAUUCAGCGCACACUGGAGACACCAGUUUUUUGUUUGGAGCAGUGUAAUUAGGAUUAAGACAAACCAUUACAUAUACAUAACAAAAGGAAACAUGUUUUGCCUACAAAUGUCAGCCAAAAUGAUUUUAAGCUACUGGGGUUUGUGUUGUUUUUUGUUCUGUAGCCUGAUGCUAACGGGAUACAAAGGGCGUGUGACUGGUUGGGGAAACCUACAAGAGACAUGGACCUCUGGCAGGUCACCUCUGCCUGGCAUACUACAGCAGGUGAACCUCCCAAUUGUGCCACGGGAAACUUGCAAGGCAUCCACCAAGAUUAGAGUCACAGACAACAUGUUCUGUGCAGGUACGUUUUCUUUAGCAUCUGAUACGUUCUUUCAACUGAGGGAGAAACUGGUGAGGUUAUGUAUCUGUGUGGUUGGGAAUACUGAAGGAAAAGCCAACGAUUUCAACUGGAAGUGAGCCAAGCCACAUGUUUCAAGGGAAGGAGAGUAUGAGCCAAUCUGAACUGGGAUGAGAUACGAUUACCACAGUAAGACAGCUGGAACUGUCCUUCACCAUAUAAAUACUCCUACCCCCAACCCCCUUGGCUGGUGACAAUCUGGACUCCCAGACUGAAGAAUCUUGACAAGUGGCCUCCCCUCACAAACUGGGCAAUACCUCAGUGGCCUCCAGCUGUGUCUAAGGGAGGGAUAUUUCCCUUUGGUCUGGCUAGUACUGUUCCCUGAGUGAAGCUGCUGCACAAAAUAGGAAGACCCAUAAGCCUACAUGAUUUCCUCUAAUUUAAUGCUAAGAAAGGCACCACCAGUCAGGUGAGAAACUUGGCCAAGCUAGCACCAGGCCCUGAGCAAAAUUGCAACAGGCCAGGAACUCCCAGCCUGGAGUGGGGAGAGGAAAUAAUGUAUUCGUGUGGGCAGUGUGAUGAAAAUCCAGGCUAGACACCAGGCUGUGCCUUUGACAAAGCUCAGCUGAGAAGAAGAAACACAAAGUAGGCUGAAGCUCAAGAGGUGAGACAGGAGUGCUUCAUACAUUUAGCAGGUAUUUGCUUGUAUCCUGUACAUGAGGCAGAUACACACAUGGUGAAGCAAAUACAUGGAGUGAUGAAAACAGGCCACAGAGAUCCAUAACUGGGUCCCCUAGCAUAUCUGAUCUACCUCACAUUGCUGUACAGAAACACACAGUCCAUGUUUCAAAAUCCCUCCAGAAUUAAGAUCCCCCACAACCCCAAACAUCUCACGGCCCAUUGCCAGACUUGAAAAGUCCAAACAUCCCUGCAUGGGGGGGGGGGUCUAUCCAACCCCCCAUUUCCAAACCAAACCAAACUUUAUCGUUUCCAAAUCUGGCUUUUUCCAAGUUCAUUUGUCAAAUCCAAGAACUCAUGUUCCUGCUGGGCCACAGCUCCCUUCAACAGUAAGAGCUGUUCGACAGUGGAAUUUGCUGCCAAGGAGUGUGGUGGAGUCUCCUUCUUUGGAGGUCUUUAAGCAGAGGCUUGACAACCAUAUGUCAGGAGUGCUCUGAUGGUGUUUCCUGCUUGGCAGGGGGUUGGACUCGAUGGCCCUUGUGGUCUCUUCCAACUCUAUGAUUCUAUGAUCUCUGGCGCCCAAGGUUCAGCAACAACCUCUUCCCUCAUCUGUUCUGUCAGAGCACACUCCUGAUUUGAUUCCUGGGUGGACUCUAUAUAGUUUUGAAACAUGUUUUUAAAUACCACAUGGAGUUUAGUGUGGACUAUGGAAAAGGGACUGAUUUGUUGAGAAGGGUCAAAAACACUGUUAAGUUGGAGUUCCCACGAGUGAAAGGAGCAGGAGACAAAGUAAAGUACAGGUAUAAAUAUGAAGAAGAACUGCGGAUGGGACAUGGAAGGGACUUAAGGGCCUCGGACAUAAGAUUACCAGGUUAAUGUGCUAGAUUGAUGGGAUAGAAAGGACUGACAAAACCCGGGACCAGGAGGAAGAGACGCUAGAUGAAGAUUGGAAGGGGGGGGGGAUUUUUUUUUUAUUAGGAUUGUUUUAUAAAAUUGAUGAACGUUAGAAAAAUGUUGGAAUGAAAUUAUCUGGCUUUAGCAAAAAUGUUUAAAGAAUUAUGUAAGAAUAUUAUGGUUAGGAGAAACUGGUAUAAAUAAGAUCUAAGUUUUAAGUUUUAAGGUCUUUUAUAGUAAGAUAAGAUUAAAAUAGAUUAAGGUAAUGUGAGAGCCAGUGUGGUGUAGUGGUUAAGAGCGGUGUAGUGGUUAAGAGCGGUAGGCUCCUAAUCUGGGGAACUGGGUUCGCGUCUCCGCUCCUCCACAUGCAGCUGCUGGGUGGCUUUGGGCCAGUCACACUUCUUUGAAGUCUCUCAGCCCCACUCACCCCACAGAGUGUUUGUUGUGGGGGAGGAAGGGAAAGGAGAAUGUUAGCCGCUUUGAGACUCCUUAAAGGGAGUGAAAGGCGGGAUAUCAAAUCCAAACUCUUCUUCUUCUUCUAAUGUAAUGACAGAAUAUUAUGAAAUAUGGAAAGGAUUUGCUGUGACAAUUAACAACUAGGAUACAAAAAAAGGGAGGAGUGAGGAGGUCAAAGAAAGAAGGUAAUGACAGUUAAGGAUUUGAGAAUAUUGGAUUUGUUUUCAAAUGUUUGUGGCAUAUUUUUGUUUUUUGAUUGUGUCGUGUUAUUUCUUGACUUUGAUUUUUAUCAAUUUGUAUUGUUCGACUGUGGUUUGUUUUUCUUUUGUUUUUUUCUCUUUCUUUUUCUCUUUUGUUUUUCUUUUUGUAAUUUUAAAAUUCUUAAUAAAUAUCAUUUAAAAACAAAAACAAAAACAGAAACACACAGUCCAAUCCCAAUUCAUACUGAAAUGACAAUAAAUGGAAGAAUAGUGAAAGCAACAGGGAAAUUUAUGGAGCUAGAUCCCAGUUUUAGUUAACUAAGGGCUGAUUCCCCCUUUCUGGAAAAAGAGAUUUCUGGUUGCUUGAGAAGGCAGUACACAGGCACUGAUUUCUAAAAGAUUAAGUAUCAGAUGGUGAAAAGCAGCAAAAGGAAAACAGGAGACUGAAUCCUCUGUAGUCAACCCCAAAUGCCUUUUUAUUGUUUAGGGUACAGUCCUGAGGACUCUCAAAGAGGAGAUGCCUGCGAAGGCGACAGUGGAGGCCCUUUUGUCAUGAAGGUAUGUGCAAUGCUCCAAUUGAUGUAAUACAUCAAUCUCAAGUGGCAGCAAAAGGGUGACAUAUGUCAUGACUUCUUUGGUGGGCCCCGAGCUUAAAAUACUGGAUCAAUGAGAGAGGAACAGUGCUCACGUUUCAGCAAGGAUGCAGGGAGCCUAGUAAGCAAAGCAAUCACUUCAGCCUCUGGCAAGAGAAACCUCUUUGUUAUUUGGCAGUCUGCUGGUCAGGGUGGAGACUGGUUGGCCCUACCCACUAUGGGCUCCAGUCUCUCCCACUGUCAGCAGGUCACUUGUUACAGCCCUGAGUGAAUGCUACCCUCCGUGGACUUUCCAUCUGACACAGAAACAAGCUUGUGGAUCCGAUUUAUAUUGUUAAGUCAAUCUUCACAUGCAUUGUUGGGUAAGAAGCCCCUCAUCCAACAUCUUUGCGAUUAAGGGUGAGAUUUCCUUUUAGAAAAGAGAUACUCAUAAAGCUCCACUGUAAGAAAUACCUGGAUCUGGACCUUCUAUGGGCUCUGAAAGUCUUGAAAUAUAGUCCUGUUGCUGCUGCUUGCCCUCUUUAUCUGACCUAUAUGCUUUUCCCCAGUAUGCUGACUCUUCCUUGGUGCUCUUGCACUCUCCUCUCUCCAGAACCCAACAGAUAAUCGGUGGUAUCAGACGGGUAUCGUCUCAUGGGGAGAAGGCUGUGAUCGUGAUGGCAAAUAUGGAUUCUACACCCAUGUCUUCCGCCUGAAGAAAUGGUUGCAAAAGGUUACUGAGAAACAUGGGCAUUAAAGAACUUAAGCUCAGCACCUGCACAAUGAUUUAGAGAUGUAUGUAUACUGGUCAAACAUGACAGGUAACUAAAAGCCUAAGGAAGGAAACGUAUUUUGGCACAAACCUCAAUAAAGGUUCUGGACCAAGUACUCAAUCUCCUUUGUUGUCA